AAUUAUUGAUCCUGCUCUAGCUCUGGUCUAAUUUGCCAUCAGAGUAAGAAGAUGUCAACUGCUAAAAACAUUCUCAUUAUUUUUCUCCUGGGCUAUUUCUGCAGAGCGGAAAAAGCAGUGUUCCUGUCUGAUAAAUCAGCAAGUGGUGUUCUUGUGAGACAAAAGAGAUACAACACUGGUACUUUUGAAGAGUUUUCAGCAGGGAAUCUUGAAAGGGAAUGCAUAGAGGAAAGGUGCACUUAUGAAGAAGCCAGAGAAGUCUUUGAAAAUGAUGACAAGACAAUUGAAUUUUGGAAGCAGUAUGUUGAUGGAGACCAAUGUGUAUCCAACCCAUGUUUAAAUGGAGGAGUUUGCAAAGACGAUAUAAGUGCCUACGUAUGUUGGUGUGCGCAAGGAUACAGAGGAAAGAACUGUGAAUUUGCAUUGCCAGUUACGUGUACCAUAAACAAUGGCCGGUGUCAGCAAAUGUGCAGGGAAAAUGCUGAGAAAAAAGUGACAUGCUCCUGCGCGUCUGGAUACAAAUUGAAAGCAGAUGGGCAGUCGUGUGAGGAGAUAGUGCAAUAUCCAUGUGGAAGAGUUAGUGCACCAGAAGCAGUUCCAAAAGAUGAAACCCGUACCAUGCUGGAUCUUGAAGAGUAUACAAGUAAUAAUACUUCUUCCAUUGAACAUCAGAACUCUACUGAACACGCACACUUGCAUGACCAUUCAGAUGAUAUUGUGCCAAUAACAGUGGAUCCAAAUGUCAGGAUUGUUGGUGGGACAGACAGUCUGAAGGGUGAAUUUCCAUGGCAGGUUCACUUUAUUAAUAAGAAUCAACAAGGUUUCUGUGGUGGAUCCAUAGUGAAUGAACAAUGGAUUGUAACUGCGGCCCACUGCUUAAUACAGCUUACACCUGACAACUUUACCGUAGUGGCAGGAGAACAUAACACCGCUCUUAAAGAGGGGACCGAGCAGUAUUUGGAAGUGGCCAAAAUCAUCAACCACCCAGCUUACAAUACCAGCAAGAAUAAAUACAACAAUGACAUUGCUCUCAUUCAGCUACAAAAGCGAAUGGUUUUGAAUAACUAUGUCAGGCCUAUCUGCAUUGGACACAAAGACUUCACGGACAAACUGCUGAAGAUUAUACCGCAUAGCUGGGUGACUGGCUGGGGUAAUGUCAGAUACCAAGGAAGACCAACAGUAAAACUGCAAAAGCUGGCUGUGCCGUACGUUGAUCGUGCCGCUUGCAAAAAGUCAAGCCGGUACUCUGUGACCACAAGUAUGUUCUGUGCUGGCUUUUCUGAUGAAGAAAAGGAUGCAUGCCAGGGAGACAGUGGUGGUCCCCAUGCAACUGAAUUCAGAAAUACUUGGUUUCUUACAGGGAUUACAAGCUGGGGAGACAAGUGUGCACAGAAAGACAGAUAUGGGGUAUACACCAGAGUCUCCAGAUUCAUUGACUGGAUACUGAGCACUACAAAGCUUUCAUUUAGUGAUAAUCGACUGGGUAUGAGACUUAUUGACAUCAUUCUGGGUCAGACCUAA